UACAAGCUGCUGAAAGCUGAUGUGUGAGCUUAUAUCUUCUUCCAUUGACUUUGUAACUUGCUGAAUUCACACUAGAUAUGUGAAAUGGCUUUAGCCAGUGGUCAUUGGCUUGACAAGGAAAUCAAAGGAGAACCACCAAGUCCCAGAUAUGGUCAUGCUAUUGCUGUAGCAAGGAAUGUAGUGUUCUUGUUUGGAGGCGUUUCAACAAUGAACUCCCUGGUGAAUACACCAGUGUAUUUGAAUGAUUUAUACAUGCUUACUGUUACAAAUACAAGCAUAGUCUGGGAAGUGAUGCCUCAAAAUGGACAAAUACCACCUGCUAGAGAAGGACACAGUCUUUGUAUAGUUAAAGGGAAGCUCUACCUUUUUGGUGGCUCAUCAGUUCCACAAGCCAGAGAAUGUCUCCCAGGAGUCUAUUGCUUUGACAUUGAGCUUCUUACAUGGGACAACUUGAAGACAGGCGGAGUUUCGAUGAGAACCUUAAAGCACAGCUCGGCAGCUUUGGGUGACAACAUCUAUGUCUUUGGGGGGAUUCUGGAUGGUGUUGCCAGAGAUGAUCUUCUGAUGUUUAAUACAGUGUCAAUGACCUGGGCUCCAAUCAAGACUACAGGGCUUCUGCCACUUGCACGAUUUAACCACAAUUUUGCAGUAGUCAAUGAGCAGCUCUACUUGGUUGGAGGUUGCUCAGUUGAUGGCUGCUUCUUCAAAGAUGUUCAUAUCUUGAAUACAGGGACCCUGGUGUGGCAGAAAUGUGAAGUGAAAGGAGAGUUCCCUCCUACCUGUGAAGGUCAAACUCUCUCAGCCCACCAUGACAAGGACAUUUACUUGUUUGGAGGAAAAUUCCUCAGUGAAAAUGGAGUUGUAACUUCAACGAAUGAAAUACACAAGUUAAGCAUUGCAAAAAUGAAAUGGAAGGUUCCACUGUAUGUGGGGAUUCCUCCAGCCAAUCGCCAUGGCCACACAGCACUCAUCAUUCACAGCCAUCUUUAUGUGUUUGGAGGCAAAAAUGACGUUACAGAAUUCAACGACAUUAAGAUUAUGAAAAUAAUCACCCCCUCAGAAAGACAGCCAGUAAUGAAAGAGAUCCUGUCUGAAUUUGGAAUCCAAGGUAUUAGUAAUGCAUUUGCACCAACCAAGGUUCCCAAUGUGAAGUAUGAACUGAGUGAAUCUCCAUUUCCAGCAAGAAUGGAAGCAUUGCCUCAUGUUCAAACAACAGACCACAAAGAUUUCAGCAUUGCGCGUAAUGAGGCCUUGAAUAUGAUCCAUAAAGCAUUCUCCAUGCUGUAUUUUCAAAAGCUGGACUGUGAAAAGGCAAAGCUCAGUCAAGCUGCUGUCGCACUGCAGUAUGAGAGAGAAGCGUACAAUGCUCAUCACCAAAAACAGCAGCAGGAACUUCAGGAAAUGUUGGAGAGACACAAGGCCCAGAAUGAAGCCUGGCUACGGGCCCGGGCAGAAGAGAAUGACAGGGAGAGAAAGGAACUGUGCAGACUGAGGGAGGAUGCACUGCUGGAGCAGGAGAAACUAAAAGAAGAGCAGAAGAACAUUCACAAACGAAGUGAACAGCUUCUCUCUAUCAUGCAACAGUUCAAAGGCAUGUAAAGCCACUGUCUUCACCACAUUCUCACUGUUAACAUCAAGACUGAAUAAGUGGUGUGCUUGACCACAAUCUAUGGGGUUGAUAAUGCACAGAUUUUCUAAAACCAAUGUGUGUUUUUGUCCAUGUCUUAAAGUUGAAAUAUAAAUUAGUUAAAAUAUAAAAUAGUUAGAUUUUUAACUGUGUUUAACUGUGUAUGAUUGUUUUCAGCAAAUGUACUUGAUUGGUAUGAAUGGAGAAGGCUCCAUUUGUGAUAAUCAGUGAUUUCAAUAACAAAUAAAUAACAUAAUUUUAAAGUCAAACAAUUUAUAUUUAUAUGGUUGCGGUAUAUUGUUGUCAUGGAUAAUAACGCUCAGUCUAUGGCGAGCAGCAGAAGAUUUCUUACUACUUUUAUGUGGCCCAUUGCUCGAGUUGCUUUAUGUCAAACAGAGGAGGAAUGUACCCAUUUGACAUUUAGAUAAUUACUUGACUGUCAAUUAAAUACUACAACAAAUGCUAAUGAUCCAGGAAAUUACAAAUUACAAAUAGAGUUCACCUUGAUAUAUGUAAUUCCAAGUCAACAUUUUGUAUUAUCUGUAUUUGUGCAAAACUGUGUUUGUGCGUGUGUGUGUUGUUAUCACAGCUUUAUUCAUGCCUUUUAUUUCACAACCUUGGUGAUAAUAAAGUUACGUCAUACUUUGUGUUAAA